AGAGAAGUCUGUGCUCAUAACGCAGCAACACUGGGGCAGGUGGCCAGCCAGAACCCUCGAUCAUGUCCCUGGUCCUGCCCACUCUGCUCUGUCUCGCACUGGUUUUGGGUCAGAGCACACAGGCUCAGAAAGGAGCUUUACCCCAACCUAAUAUCACAGCUCAGCCUGGAUUCAUAGUUCUAUCUAAUGAACCUGUGACCAUCCAGUGCCAGGGGCUUACAGAAGCUGAAGCAUACAAGAUAUUUAAAGAGGGAGGACCUGAGCCUAGGGAAGCUGAGACGUCCACUUUGCAUAUCAAAGAGAUGAAACCAGACCAGACAGGACUGUACCACUGUUCCUACAAAAGUGGAAAACUCUGGUCCCCAUGCAGUGUCCCCCUGACAUUGGUCAUGACAGGAACUUAUGCCAAACCCUCACUCAGCAGCAUGAGUGACACUGUGGUGGCUUCAGGAGAUGAAGUGAUGUGGAAGUGUUUUUCAAAACUCAAGUUUGAUAGAUUUAUUCUCAUCAAAGAAGAUGGAUUUCACACCAUCCAGAAUGAAAGCUCCACAUGCCAGGACAAUCAAUGCCAGGCCAUCUUCCACAGGGGUCCUGUCACCCCCACACAGGCAGGGACCUAUAGGUGCUACGGUGCCUUCAACUGCUACCCCUAUGUGUGGUCUCAGCCCAGCAACCCAUUAGAACUUGAGGUCAAAGAACUUCCUGAUGGUUCCACCAGACCCACAGACCCCAGACCUACACAGGAACGUCCUGAUGGUUCCACCAGACUCAGAGACUCUGGACCUACACAGGGCCCAUCCCAAAACCUGCCUCUUCUGAUUGGCGUGCCAGUGGCCAUCCUGCUGUUUCUUCUCCUCGUCCUCCUUUUCUUAUGCAUCCGCCAUCGCAAAGCCAAAAACAAAGCCACCAAGACAGGGAGACAGGCACAGGCAGCAGAAUCAAGGAAUAGACAGGCCCCUGAAACUAGAGACCCACAGGAUGUCACCUAUUUGCAAGUGGCCUUCAAUGGCCCUAACCAGGGGACAUUUUCAACACUCAGACAGACCCACACCAACGAAUAUGCAACCAUUGUCCCAAAAUGAGCUCUGCUUUGGACAGUAAAACAUAGAGCUGCCUGUUGGAAGGUUCCUCCUCUGGAGUCACUGUUUCUGUAUCUGAGGCUGCUGACCUGGCCAAGGGGACCCACAUGACCCCCUGAAUCUGGAGACCUGAACACUAUCACCCAGUAAGUUCCAGAAGCUCUACUACAAUUGUCCAGCAAUUUCCAGGACACUGCAAAGUUACUGGGACAAUGACAGAGUGGUUUUUGUAUGUUUUCAUUGAUUAAAAAAAUAGACUUCAGUACUUUCGGGUGCCAGGUUUUAUGUUACAGUCUAGAAGCACAGAAAAGAUCCUAAAUUCAUUCCUCUCGUCAAAAAUGUGAGAUCUAGUGCAGGGCUCCGGAGAUGAUCACCCAGAGGCCAGCUCUGGCAAGCCACGUGAUUUUUUUAUACAGCACCUACAUUUUACUUUUUUUUGUAUUUUUAGUGUUCAUAUAUAUAUAUAAUGUCAAUGUAAGAAUAUAUUCACUUUUCUUGUGCGGGGGGCGGCCAUGGUGGUGGAGUGAAAAUGGAGAGAACUGUACUUGAACAACAAUUUUUAAAAAUGUAAAAAAAAGAAAAAUCCAAAUUUGUAGGGAAUUUUUGUAAGAGUUUAUUUGAGCCAAACUGAUGUCAUAUGCCAGAGGGCUAGAUGUCAAAUGCUCUGGGAAUAAUAAUUUUGUGGGGUUUUUUAUGCAUUUGAAAUUAAGAAGGGAAUAGAAGGAAGAUUACACUGAAGUGGGAGAAAACAAGGCAGAUAUAAGAUUACAGGAUAGUAAGAGUACGUGCUCUCCCAUUUGAACUCACACGCAAAACAGAGACAGACUCAAGGAGAGCAGAUGACAGCUGGUCGGGGGAUGGGGUGAGGGGG